AUGACGCUCCUCGGUGGCCUCUUCUCCCGCAAGCACAAGUCCUCCCCCCGCUCAAAGCGAGACGACAAUGCUCCCCAAAGCCUCCGAAGCAACUCUGAGGACCUAGAGUCCUCCCUCUCCUCCCCAACUGCUUCCUCCUACAGUACCCCUGAUCGCUCUCUCCCUUCCCAUCCGAACGGCCGGACCCUCCUUCACCCAGAUUCUGCUCGCCAACCUCAUUCUUACAACGGGUACUCUCCUCCCUUGCCCCCCGUACCGUCGCCUCCGCACGCAGGUGGCGGCAAACUACGACUAUUCGGUCGCAAAAAAUCAAAUAUGUCAGGUUCCGACUCCAACACCACAACUUCACCUGAUUUGAGCUCAGAUGGCUACAGCUCUACCCGCCAGCCAAUAUACCCAACUCAUGCCACCCCGGGUGUGCUGUCGGACACGGACCCACCUGAUCUGCGACGUCUUCGACCCCCACCCUCCAGAUCUGCAAUAUUUGCCGCCUAUGGCGACCCAAACAGCGCUCUUUCCACACGUUCUUUACCCAAUGAAACUUCUCCGACAACACCCAAUACAACUCCUUCACCACCCUCGGCUCAACCGCACAAAAGACCAUCCUUAUUCCCCUGGACAAAAUCAUCUUCCUCAGCUACUUCCCUACCUCCAACUUCCCCUUCAAAGUCACUUCCGCACGUUCUAGACUCCCCGGACAAUGCAGACAACGGGUCCUUCAACCUCAAGUCCUUCCGCCAUAUCCGGCCACCUUCACCGACACGUUCGACAAAUGGGUCCAAUGCCUCCCUGGCUGCCCCAAUACCUCGCCCACGUGGGACAAGUAUCAACUCCGAUGCCUCUCAGCGGAUAUCUGUCGCCGCCUUUCGUGAAGCUCAAGCCAGACGGAGCAUGGCAGGUUCUCCGUCCCCGUCUUUCCGUGAUCCAAGUCCUGCACGAGGCGCCCCUGCUCGGUCAAUGACCCCCGAAGACCGUGUUGGACGCAGCAGCCCAAGGCCUUCCCGUUCGACACCAUCUAUGCCCAAAGCCGGCGUGCAGCAGAGAAGGAGGUCGAGUUUAGCAGUGGGAACAACCUCGGAAUCGGAGGCAGAAACAUCGGGAGAGGAAGAUUCGGACGACGAAACAAUGAGGUCAGGCAACAGGGCCUCUCAGCUCGACAGAUUCAGUCGUCCGGGAAAGGCACGCGCCAAGUCGGAGGCUGGCCAUGGAGGUGGCGCAUCUUCGAGCACAUUCAGGCGAAACGAUGUUCCAGUUCCUCAACGCGCCCCUCAAUCACACCUCGGGCAUUCCAUGGCUCCGUCGCGAAGUGAAGUUCCGCAGAGCGCGAAGCAGGAAGAAAUUCCUCCGCGUUCGCAGUCUAGUCUCAGUCACUAUGGAGUUUUGAGGAAUCGCGCAAGUGUGUCAACAUCAGCACUGACGCCUUCUGCGGCCGCGCAACGAGCCAGUGCCCUCGUGGCUUCGAAUGCAAAUGCGAGCCCAGACAGAGUGCCGUUGGGCAAUAAUCCUCCUUCCAGACAGUCAACCGCACAGGCUCCGCCGCCUCCUGUUCAGCGAAGUAGCAAAGUCGCGGACGAUUCCGACUCAGAAGAUGACGCUCCUCUGGCAACGCUUGUGGCUCCGAGACGACCAGGAAGCGCCAUGUCUUCGUACUCCAGUAUCCAUUCGCGCUCUACCGGAAAUGUCACGACGCGAUCAACGCAUCCUAAGCCACUUAUUGAUAUCAACGAACUGACUGGUCGCAAACCCUCAUUACCGACAAAAAGCACAGCUGGCUUCACGGGAGGCCACACUCUGCUCAACGAUAACCAACCAACUUACUCCUCUUCUCCGCUUGUUGAGAGUCCAACGUCGGCGCAUCACGAGCCUUUGACGCGAACAGUACCUCCAGUCAAGUUUGUGUCGCCUCCAGGUUCGCCCACUCCAGGGCCUAAACAGUAUUCAUUGUCACCGGAAUCGGACACGCGUUCACUGGAGUCGCAACCUAAACCCCCUACACUGCGGAGAGACACAAGUCCAGAGCAACAUCGGGAUUUGCUUACUGAUCGUUUGUCGCGAGUCGUCAAACUCACCAUUCAACCGCCGACUCCAAACACUGCUGCUUUACAGUUACAGACGCCCGCCUCACCGCAGUCGCAGGCAUCGACCUCUCGCGGUGUUAGUUCUAUUUCAGGUGAUACGUCGGAUAGCUCGCGAAAGCAAUGGAGCGACCUUCCGCGAAACGAAACGCGUCGGCCGUCUCUGAGUCCCAACCCACCUCCUACAUCUACGGACAAGGACCCUAGCCCCCCAGACGAAGACCUGGCUGAACUGCUUGGUUCUGCUGUCAAGUUCAUAUCGCGAAAUGGCGAGCCGCCGGACGAGUCUUCAGAGAGCGAGAGCAGUGACGAUGAUCAUUAUUAUGAGAAGGACAAGGGCUCGGGCAAGGACAGGAUUGCGCCUAUUCCUAUCAAGCAGCGCGCGCCGCCUCCUGCUUUCAGUGUCACUUCCAGGCCGGCCUUCCCUCGUAAGGAAAGCCCAGACAAAAAGAAGUCGACACAGGAGCCGGAGACGAAAUCUUCGCCUAGCUUCAUCACUCCACGACCUCGAAGCACGACGUUGAAUGCAACUACGCCUUCUCCGGCUGUUGGUUCUUCUAAAGGUUUCAUGCGCGAUUCGACAUCAACGACGAGCUCUUCUCCAGCUCCUGCAGCCGGCAAACCUACCAGCAAGUCCAGUAGCACGAAUGGCGAUACCUCUCCUAGUGAACGGUCAACGCUUCGGCCUGGUCCCGGUCCUGGCACACGGCAGCGUAGCUCUACGAUGCUGACAGGAAUACCUUUGUCAUCGCAGAUGGCCCCGAGAUCGGCGUCCCACAUCCCUGAGAAACCGUUCGCCAUUCGACGGAAUAGCCCUGCUAGCUCCACCGGGGACUCCAGUAGUGGGCGGGCACCCUUCACACCGCGCGACGGCAGCGACGUCGGCACGCAAGAAGAGGCCAAGGAGAAGAAACGCGACGAGUGGAGCGGGGGUGCGAGUGGUCUGGGGAAUAAGCGGCAUGUCAAGAGGAGAAGUGUUAGCUUUGAGGACGAUCCUGAAGAUCUGAAGCCGCCAAAUAGGAACCACUUUAGGGAGGGGGCACGAGGCAGUAUGGAUGGAAAUAGCUCUGGCACUGAGGACGAUCGUGAGGUACGGAGACGAGAGCGACGUCGCAGCGAAGCGAAGGCCGCUAUUGAGCUCGGAAACAUCGUCAACGGCCCCGGUCCAAUUGUCAGCGACGACGACGACGACAUGCCAAUCAACCAGGCCAUGAGUACGCGCAUGUCAGCCGUGAACCCAAUGAUGGCCAUGGGCAACUCCAUGUCCAUGCCUAUGGGAUUCGGCACCUCUCCGAGCAUGUGGAAUGCCAACAUGAGCCAGCAGAUGCUCUCGCCUGCGCAGUUCAUGGUUCCGCCGCCGGCAGAUCCAAGCUUCUUCGCGGCCCACCAGCAGGCGAUGAUGAUCGCGAAACAGGCAUACCAGAUGGCCGUUGCGCAGCAGGCCAUGGCAGCCGCGGGCGACGAGUGGGAACGCGGGUCCGCGAUUGGAGGAUUUGGAGGUGGAGGCAGCGUCUAUGGUGGUUCUUCAGGCCCGUCGAUGAUGACGCCGCAAUUUGGCAUGAUGAACAUGAUGCAGGGCGGCGGUGGCGGUGGCGGGUGGCCGAGCUCUGCAUCGAUGUACGGUGGGCCCGCGCGGUCGAUUUACGGUGGCAGCACGCUCAGCCCGGGUGCAGGGAUGAUGAGCAGCUCGAGGAGUGAGUACGGAGGUGCGCGUGCUAGUGCGGCGAACUUUAGCUCGGCGAGGAGCUCGUAUGGAGAGUCGUUCGGACCAGACGUGUAUGCGCGCAAGGCACCGGCGUCUGCACGAGCGCGACCGAACGGACGUGAUUCUGGUUUCUUCCCGCCUGUGCCUCCAAUACCCGCUUCCCAGAAUCAGAACGGGCGUAACAGUCCUGAUGGUCGAGGUGCACCACGGUCAAGAACGACCAGUCAACCUACUGCCAGCCCAGCUUGUAGCGCUGGUGCUAUUCGCAAAGCUCCUCCACCGUCAAGUUGGAGAGCGGGCAUCUAG